AUGAUCAGAAUAAAGGUUGCAGGGAGAAGACCCAGGCCACCUCCCGUGAUCAUCGAAGAGCCCACGGAGGAGGAGCUGAACGUUUUGCUCAACAAACCCGUCGAAAGUGAUAAUUCCAGCCCUGGGGCUGAAAUUCCUCUACAGGAGACCACCGAAAGUUCAGCACCAAAAACUUCAGAGACACAAGACUCUGCUGAACACAGUAGGCAACAAGAGGAGGAAUUGGCGAACGAUGAAGCCAUUGCCGAAGCAGAGGAACAACAACCAAAGGAAACUCAAGUGGUCGAUCUGACAGAGGAGCAACAUGACGAAGGGGAUCAUGUUGAUGCUGGCACUACUGAACUACAGGUCGAAGAGAGUCAUGUCGAUGCAGACGCUACUCAACAACUUCAACCCCAAGCCAAAGCUGCUGUAAGGGUUACCACCUCGACAAAGCCCAAGUCUAAAGAAGACUUGGCCCUUUUGAAGUAA